AACAACAGCCGCUUAGUUUUAAUCGAGUCGUACACGCGUGUGGAAGUAAUAAAUAUAACAUUUGAAAUGAAUGUAAAAGACAUUCGAAUAUUUCUGCAACUGGUAGCUUUUUUAAGCUGGAAUUCUUACAUUGCGGAGGCUGAGGAAGAGUGUAUAUUGGAAAACCGUGAAGGUGAACCGAAAGGUAUUCUCGUACCAGCUUCACAGUGUACCUCAUUUCGGGAGGAACUUCAGAACAGUGAAUUUCAUUCGACAAACGUUUGCUGUCCGGUGUUUCAAAAUGAACCAAACUGUGGACGAAUCUCCGAGUAUGCUGGUGAAUUUAGCUUCGACAGUCGAGAAACACAGCUGGACCAAUUUCCCUGGGCAGCUAUGGUUAUGCUGCAAUGGGUGAGAAAGAUUGUUUGUAGUGGUUCACUCAUCAGUACACGAUUCGUUCUAUCAGCAGCUCACUGUUUUGUUGAUGUGCACGGUGUUAGCAAACCCGCUUCCGACUACCGGGUACGUCUGGGGGAUUGGGACCUUGGACAAGAUGAGGAUUGUAUGUACGUGCGCAACAGAUAUGUUUGCAACCCGCAGAAACCGGUGGACUACAGUGUGGAACUGAUCGUUACUCAUGAUUCUUAUCACACAAAUCGGAAAGACUUCCUGCACGACAUUGCACUACUCAAGUUGGCUCAGCCGGUGGAGUACGGUGCGCAGAUAGGCCCUGCCUGUCUACCGAACUGGAGUACCGAAGUUCCUGACAUAGUGCGUCAGAAUUUUACCGCCACUGGUUGGGGCAGAACGAAGUCAUUUAGGGCAUUGUUUCGGAAGUACAAACUUGAAAUGAUGGGCAGAAAUAUUAGUACCUGCGUUAAGGCUUAUCGGAUGCAAGAAGCGGCAGUCUCCCGAAUACAACUGUGCGUUGGAGGUGUUCCUAGCAGAGACGUAUGCUAUGGUGACUCGGGAGGUGGUCUCAUGAAACGAGAAGCCAAUCGCUGGGUACUGAUUGGAGUCAUAAGUUUUGGAUCAUAUCGUUGCGGCAGAUCACUCCCAGGUGUAUAUACUAAUGUUGCUUACUAUAGUGAUUGGAUUCAGUGGGCCGUCGACAAGUCUUCUAAGUCAGGCAUUAUAAAAAGAACUAGAAACUCGUCAGCAUCAUAAGUAAAGGCAAUAAAAUAAUAGUAAACUAUUGUAAAUCGCUUAAA